AUGAUAGACUUCAGGAGCUCUGUAGUUAUAUUAGUUACUUUCACCUCAUUAUUGUUUAUUCUCUUAUCCAUAAAGUUGACAUGGAAAAGGAGGCGACUUCCCCCUGGACCGUUCCCUCUGCCUGUACUAGGGAACCUUCUACAGAUACAUAAGCAAGGAGUGGUGCCCUAUUUAGUCAAGAUGGGUGAGACCUAUGGCCCUAUAUGCACCGUGUUCAUGGGCUCACGACCCACCAUAAUUUUGACUGGAUACCAGUCAGUGAAAGAAGUUUUUCUUGACUGUGGAGAUGAUUUCCUUGGAAGAGGGAGUAUCCCAGUAUUCGAACGUGUUUUUAAAAAAGGGGGGUUGUUUCUUCUUAGUGGAGAAGCUUGGAAGCAACUACGGCAAUUUACUAUGAUGACUCUCCGUGAUUUUGGGAUGGGAAAAAAGAAACUGGAAGAAACUAUACAGGCAGAAGCUAAGCAUGUAGUGGAGCAUUUAAGAAGCUUCAAAAGAGAGCCAAUGCAUACCAGCAGUAUCAUGGGCUGCACCGCAUCCAAUAUGGUUGUCUCACUCCUAAUGGGAACACGGUAUAACUACAGCGACAAGAAGUGGAUGCAGGUUCUCAAUAACAUAAAUGAAGCAUUCCAUGUAGUCUGCUCCAUAUGGGGCCAGCUUUAUGACAUCUUACCAAAUAUCAUGCACCUGUUACCUGGACCACAUAACAAAAUUUUUACUCUGUUCCAAGAUCUCAACGAUAUUGUGAUUGAGAGAAUAAAUUAUAACCUUUCAACGCUUGAACCAAACUGUCCACGGGAUUUUGUUGAUUGCUACCUUAUACGGAUGAAACAGGAAAAAGAUCCCAAAACACCAUUUACUAUACCAAACCUCGUAGCAUCAUUAAAUGACUUCAUUCUGACGGGAGCAGAGUCUAUUGGUGUCACAUUAAAUUAUGGUUUCUUAAUUCUUAUAAAGUACCCUGAAAUACAAGCAAAAUUACAAGUAGAAGUUGAAAAGGUGAUUGGACACAACCGAGAGCCGUUGGUAGAGGACAGAAAUAAUACGCCGUACUUGAAUGCGUUUAUCCAUGAAGUUCAGAGAUGUUGUAAUGUGUUUCCAAUGGGAGUGAUUCGAUCUACCACAAGAGAUAUGGAAUACCAUGGAUACUACAUUCCAAAGGGUACUGAUGUUCUACCAGUGUUAACGACUGUGUUAAAGGAUCCAACAAACUUUGAAACUCCUGAGGAAUUCAACAUCAAACAUUUUUUGGAUGAAAAUGGCAAAUUUAAGAAAAAUAAUGGCUUUAUGGUAUUUGGUGCAGGUAAGAGGUCAUGCAUUGGGGAGAGCCUGGUUCGGAUGCAGCUCUUCAUAUUCUUUGCCACAAUUCUACAGAAUUUCACUUUAAAGGCAACUGUCGACCCGAAGGAUCUGGACAUUAGCCCCGUAGAAGUUAGCCUUGAGACUAUAAUACCUUCCCAUAGAAUUAUCUUUAUACCUCGUGAAUAACCAGCUGCAUAAUUCUGCAUGUAUAAUGUUUUUAUAAUCUCAGUUCUUCUCAAAAAAUUGAGUAAUGCAAAGUUGAAUUAGAUUGUGCUGACAAUUUUAAGAUAGAUUUUGUGCUUUCCAUGGAAAAAUACAAGUCUCUGUAAAGAUAAUGGGACAGAUUACAAGUAAAGCGCUAAUUAAAGGGACACUGAACCCAAUUUUUUUUCUAUCAUGAUUCA